AUGCAUCCUUUUCAAAGCUUUUACUAUUUAAAUCAAGAUGGAUUCGUACCAGAGCCCAGCUUAGUCAACGUGAUGGACGGUGGAGAAUCGAUCCCGAGCUCAGCUUCAAAAACAGAAGCUAAAAAAUCAACCGAGUCAUCAUGCAAGAGCCAUAAAGAAACAGAAAGGAGACGAAGGCAGCGUAUCAACGCCCAUCUCUCCACCCUCCGUACUCUCCUUCCCAAACCCACCAAGACAGACAAGGCCUCGUUGCUAGCUCAAGUAGUGCAUCAUGUGAGAGACCUAAAAAAGAAGGCAGCUGAGGUGGCACGACAGGAUAGCAAUAACUGUGGCGGCGGAUCAGAGCCCGAAGAGUAUUGGCCAUAUCCAGGAGAAUUAGACGAGGCUACACUGAGUUGCUGUGAUAAUGAAGAGAAGAUGAUAAAAGUAAGUGUUUGUUGUGAAGACAGACCGGGUUUGAACCGGGAUUUGACCCAGGCGAUUAAGUCGGUUCGGGCCAGGGCAGUGUGGGGAGAGAUGAUGACGGUAGCUGGCCGGACCAAGAGUGUGGUGGUGAUGCGGUGGGAUAGUGGUAGCGGUGGCGAGGAGGAUGUUGGGAUUUUGAAACGGGCUUUGGACGCUGUUAUAGAGAACCGGGGCUCGGGUUCUGGGUUGGGCCAAGUGGUCCAGGGGAAUAAAAGGGCGAUAGUCGUUGGUCUGGUCAGGGAUGUUGAUGGAAAUGGAAAUUGA